AUUACCGGCUCGGCGUGUGGCUAUAUAAAGACAAGUCUUCUAGACGAGCAGCAUUUGAAUUGAAGUCUCAACGGUUUCGUUUCGAUCGAAUCGGGAUAGCUAUGUCUCUCAUUCGUCUAUUCGAUCACAAUGAUCCUUGGAGUGAGAUGAUGUGGCCUACCAUCAUGCAUUCAGGCAGCUCUAUGGGUGACAUCGAUCGUGCUGUGAGGGCCAUGGAACGCGACAUGCGCCAUUUGGAGCGUCAGUUCGCUGGGAUGCAGCAACAUUACGAUCGUCAUCUUCCAACGGCAGAUAUUCAUUCUUUGUUUCGCAAGCACGCCGUUCAGCCUUGUAUCGUUGAAGAAGAUGGUCAGAAGAAAGUGCAGUGGAAAUUUGACGUGAGAGGAUUUAAGCCUGAAGAUGUUCAGAUUAAAACGCGGGAAAAUACUUUGGAGGUACAAGCCAAACAUGAAGACCAAUCAGAUCAUCAUCGUCACUACCGUGAAUUUUCAAGAAUUGUUUGUCUGCCAGAAGGAACGCAACUUCCACAGAUGAAGAGCACAUUGACUGAUCAGGGUGUGCUGACCAUCCAGGCUCCCUACACAUCACCAGCUGUUACACAGAAGCCGCCCUCAACUGAAAUUGCUAUUCAGCAUGAGUAGAAGAGACAGUUUGGAGACAUUUGUGCUGCAGUAGCUGCAUGAUCAUGACUUUUGCUGAGUUUCUGUUAAUUUUUCACUCUACACUAGUUGUUGUUAAUUGCUGCACAUGUGGUCAUGACUUUACAUACAAAUACAUUCUGUUAACAGUGA